AUGGAGAAACCUUUACCUAGACCCCCAUCUAAUCCUAAAUUUAUUAACAGUAAUAAUGAUGAAGAUGUUAUCCUUGACGACCUUGUAUUUGGAUUAAAGCGUUACGAAGCAGCAUUUUAUAUCAAGUCUGGUAUAGAAAGCGUCCUGCAUAGUUUUACGAAGGCUGAAGAACUAGAAAUGAUUAAGCUGAGCUUUUUAAUUGCUGACAGUCCCUACCGACCGAUAUCGUUGGAAAGUGUGCCUUCCAAAAUACUGUUUGGUUCCUUUUUAUUUUACGUGAAAUACAAGAUAUAUGAAAAGGCUGGUCAUGUACUUGACAGACAAUUCUGUUUUACUCUUCGAAGACUCGCUUCUGAUGACCUUUCUGUUAAAAACGAAUUUUUCUUUCAGCAAGUCAAAAGUAAUUUUCUUGCUCUUCCCAAAAUUAAAAUAAAAAUGCUCUCAGUAUUCUUUUCUAUCGUACAGAUUGUCUUAUCUAAACUACGUGGAGGAUAUAAUGAACGCGUUCAGUUUUUUGCUUCUAUUGCUGCGGUGAUCUUACCGAAAGAUCAAGUUAAUGAAAUGUAUUAUCUAGUUGAAUAUGUAUCAUUGAACGCACAAAGGAUAUUCCAAAUCCGACCUCCUUCUCCCCGGGUGCUUCAUCCUCUUCCGCAACCAAAUAGUAAUCAAAGACAGACUUUGAAUGAUGAAGGGAUACAAAAAAUCAGUCCAUAUACGGGACAAGAAGAUAUAAAAACAGAGUAUAGUAACAAUAUGGCUACGCAUAGAGCCAAGCAAACAGGAUCAGAAUUUUCCUGGAAUACUGAAAGUCCGGGUCUUCAAAGAAACAAGACUUUAAAUACCGGCAUUCCUACUAGCAAGAAAGAAAACACUAUCUCUGGGACAGGGUCUCUUACUACUAGACAGUAUGACUAUGGAAAGCAGAAUGAAGAUUAUAAUGAUGAAACAGCUAAUAAAGACGAACCGACAAGUCUUAUGAUACCAAUUGAUGUCUACGAAAAACUUCAUAAGAAAUAUAUUGAAGCUUCAAAUAAGCUAAGGAUUGCUUUAAAUAGCUAUCAGGAUGUUCAUGAGGAGAUUGAUACACUCUACGAAACUUUCGCCGACGAAGUCAAUUCUUUUGAAAAUUCAAAAAAGUUACAAGAAGAAAAAAUUUUACAAGAAAGAAUUAACGUUGAACGAAAAAUUAAAGCCUAUCAAAAGGAACGUUUAGUUGCUAGCGAGUACGAACUAACAUGA